AUGGGGGCGGGGGGCGUCGGCUCGCCCACGCUGGGGCGAGCCGGGGCCAAGGAGCGGAGCGCCGCGCCCGCUCUCCCCACCCUGACGCGGGGAAAGUUUGCCGAGGUCGGGCUUCAGGGCCUGUGGGCGCCUUGUGCGUCCCCAAGGCGGUUCUCCGCUGCGGCGGCCUCGCAGCCGAAGCUGUCCCCGGCCCCGCCCGCGCGACCCGUCCCACUCCGCGCCCCGCCCGCGCCGCCAAUGGAGAAGCUGCGAGUGGCGCGACCAGCCCGCCGCGGGCGACCGGCGGCGACUCGGGGCCUGCAGGCCCGGGAAGGCUCCGUCAGGCCUGGAGGUGGGGACAGCGUGUUGCAGGCCCCGGGGAGAUGGCGCCUACACGCCGAUCGGCCUCCAUCUCUCCCAGGGCUCGCCAAGGAAAGGCUCCCGCGAAGAGGCGGUCCUGCCUCCUCGCCUUGGCUUCUCCGGGCGCGUGAGCGGGCGAGCACGCGCGGAGGGGGCGGGGGCGCUGGCGAGCAGGGUGGCGCGCAUGAGCAGCGAAGCUCCGCCCCUCCGGCUAUAUAUAAAGCGCUGGCGCGGGGCUCGGCGGCGCCAUUUCGCGCUGGAGUGGAGCAGCCUCUAGGACGAGCCGGAGGAUUGCGCCUACUGACCCAGCGUCUCGGAGCCUCCGCGGGCCGCCAGUACAAUCCACGUCCAUCCGCUCGGAAAUGGACUUCGUCCCGGCCCGCGACCGCUCCCGGCCGACAGUGCAGACCCCAUAGAAGCCCCCGAGGCGCCCCUUUCUCGGGCCCCGCCCAGUCCUCGGAGUCUGUCCACCCCUCUACUCCGCCCUCAAGAGGAUUUCAAAGAUGGAGGCGGCGGCUCUCUGAAACCCCUUUCUGCUGCUCAUCCGCCUCCGUCGGAGGUCUGACGGGGCUCUCGGGACGCCCGCGGCGGGAAGAGGAGACCCCUGUCCACCGGCGGCGGGCCGAAUUGACGACGGUGUCCAGUUUCGGGGACUGCCGGGUCUGCAGACGACGCUCUCUUGUGGCUCGCCGGCCGGCGGAGGCCGCCGCCAUUUUCCUGCCGUCGCCGCCUGCGGAGCGCGCCAAGCUGCCGGAGUUGUGCGGAGGACGGCGCGGGUGACAGCGUUCGCGCCGGUCC